ACUGUAAAACUGCUGAAAUGAGUCAGAGCUGCAAUGAGGGAAACAUCAUUUCUCUGUCUGAUCUUUCUGAUCUCCUUGCAGGUUCAUCCAACCGUUGAAGUUCGUCUGACUGUGAGUCCCAGCAGAUCCCAGUUCAUUGAAGGAGAAUCAGUGACUCUGAUCUGUGAGGAUGAAAACAGAUCAGCUGGAUGGACAGUGAGGAGAAACACCAGCAGAGGAACCAGGAAGCCAUGUGGAGAUGGAUGGGGGAAACCAGCUGGUUCUACAUGUAACAUCAGCUACAUGUACCCACAUGACACUGGUCUGUACUGGUGUGAGUCUGGAUCCUCCAGCAGCAGCAGCAGCAGCAGCAACAGCAGCUGCAGCAUCCAGCUCUCUGUCUCUGAGGAAUCCUUCAUCCCUUCUACCCAGACUCCCCUUGCUGUCCAGACCUCCUCCUCCUCCUCUCUUCUUCUUCUCUACAUAUUGCUGCCUCUUGCGUCUCUGUUUGUUCUGGUCAUGUUGGUUCUUCUGGGACGGCGUCUUUGCAACCAGUCCAAUCAGAAAGACGUGAUCAGAGGCAGCAGUGAGACCUGCAGCGACGUCACAACAUCAGCUGAUCAUCAGGAGAACGACGGGAGAAACGAUUCAGCUGCAAUUUAUUCAACGGUGAGACGACAAGACGGCAGUUAUGGAGAAAUAUUGAUCAGACACCACAAGUCAGACAGAACAGAGAGAGAUCCAGCUGUGAUUUAUUCAGCUGUCAGAACCGACAACAUCAGCUGCAGAACGACAAUCAGAGACAACAGAAACAGAGAACCACAUGACAUCGACUCCUCACUGAGGAAAUCUGCUAAAGGAAACAGCAGCGAGAGAAAAACUGAGUUCUGCUGAAGA